AUGGAGUUUGCAUCAGGGUCAGGUAUGUUCUGGAAAGACUGAAGUCUGUUUUUGAACUCAGACAUGUAUGAUAUCAGAAAUUAUUCAGCCUAUGGUUUUAAUUGUUUGUUCUUGAUGAUUUAAUUUCUACAAAAUGCUGAUUUCUAACAUGUUUUUGUAGACUGGUGUUACCAUGCUCAAGAUGUUUGCGGUCACAGCUGCACAGGUAAACUUGACACUUAAAAACAAAGACAAAUACAUAAAGUUGUGAAGUUACUGAUUUCAGCCUUUCUAUCUUCACAGGACCAGAGGUAUGGGGAGCAGUUUCACGUCACUGCAGCGGCAGAUAUCAGUCUCCAAUCAACAUUGUGACAAAGAGGGUGCUACCAGACGGACGUCUCACUCCUUUUUACUUCACUGGCUAUCAGAAAACUUUUCAUGGUCGUCUGAUUAACAACGGCCACACUGGUAUGAUUUAGUUUACUAAACAGAUAAUAAAUGUACUUCUCAAUUACAAUAAACCUCGUGUUAGAUCAGCCACUGAGAUGACACAGAAUUAAAGUUCCUUACAGCAGCUUUAGUCUUUUCAAAUAUGCAAAAACUGAAAGGGAACUAAAAAGAGCACCACUGUAGAUAUUUUAGGGUACUUUUGUACAUGUCUGAUUGAUGAAUUUAUCUGAAUACUAAAACAGCUGACUUGUUUUAUUUUGUAGUUCACCUUGAUUUGCCCUCCAGUUUGAGGAUCAGAGGAGGAAAUCUUGCAGGACCGUACAAAGCUCUGCAAGCUCACCUGCACUGGGGCAAAGAUGGAGAGCCGGGAUCUGAGCACACAAUUGAUGGAGAACAGUUUUCAAUGGAGGUAUGAAAUAUGGGACUUUUUUGCGAUAACUUUAACGUUUAAGUCAGUUUUGCAUAGUUUGAUUUUUAAUAUUUCUGUCCACAGAUGCAUGUUGUCCACAUAAAGGAGGAAUACGACACCGUAUCCCAGGCUCUCAAAGACCCCACAGGCGUUGCUGUUCUUGGAUUUUUCUUUCAGGUAAUUUUGUCCCAAAGCAAAAUUAUAAAAAGAGAAUUAUUAAAAGCAAAUCAAAAUCUACAAGGAGGUAGCCUAUACUUAAAAAUGCUUGAGAAGAACAAAAUAUUUUUCACUUAUUGUCGUGUCAAUAAUGCGCCAAUAAUAAAGUAUCACCCACACUCAACCCAUCAGUAUACUUCUGACCCAGAGUGUUAGCCUACUGCUGUCCUGUAGGGAUACUCACAACGCUGGCAGAGCUUUCCCACUUUGCUCGCUGUAUUCUGCGCUGUAACCAUAGACUCAUUUAGAAUGGACAGAGUCUGCCUCCUCGCUGGGUGAAGCCACUCCGAGAACAGCACCCUCUGGUGACGGACUGCAGUAUAGGUCAUAAAUGCCUCCUCCUCCGGCAAAGCUUAUGGGGCUGUGGACAAACUUUAGAAAUUUAUUACACAGAAAAUAACGCUACUGCGCAAGUGGUGGAGUGCAUUCAACGCUACUGCGCAAUGUUUGUUUCAGGAAUUAGGGAGAAAACGCGGAAUUACCGAGAGGUUUUUGGCUUCAAACCUGUACACUGGCAGGAGGCGGAACCAAGUUGUCCAUAGUAAACACAGUCUGUGGUUGUAACACUCUUUCACUGGUGAAGGUUGGCUCUCGGUCUCAGCGUCUCUGCUGCAAGUUCUGCUUCCCGUCGUGCUGGUUUCCAACCUCUCCUCCUGCUGUCUCCGUCCGUGACACUCGUGUCUCCCCACUCUCGUCUCUCCUCUGUUCUGGCCGUCUCCUUUACUUCCUUAUUUUUUUCCGACCCUGACCCUCCCUUCAGCAACUGAUUGGACCAGCGGAGACUACUUGUCUCCUCAUUGGUCCACUCUAUUGUCAAUCAGAGCAAACAACCACACCGGUGCAGGUGAUCAGUAAUCAGUCUCUCAAGGCAGGGGUUACAAUCAUGAUAAAAAUAUUCCCGAAAAGCUGAAUAUCCAAUAAUUGAAGAUAUGUCGUCACAUCACAAGAAGUGCGUAGGAAUCUGAGAUUGUUUAAUUAAGACUAACACUGACAUAAGGCUUUUAUACAUUUUAAAGCUGAACCGUAGAAGAGUAGGACAUUUGUGGAAAAAUAUAGACCAUUUCCAUCUUACACCUAAGCUUGGAUGGUUCUAAAUAGGUUCCAAAUAUGGGCCCUUUACCACUGAUUUGUAGGUUUUAUUCAUUGGGUUUUAAAUAACUCAUAGAAGUAUGUAUACUGACCUUAAUUUGUUUUAAGUAACAAAAAAAUUAAAACAUAAAUGGGCCAAGUAUUGCACCUUGAGGUGUUAUUUUGCAAAAAUCUAACUACUAUUCAUUUUCUUUAGUAUUCGCUCCAGAGAGUUUAAGUCUUGUUUUGCAGGGUGAUGUGACUGAUCUUGUCUGACACCUACCCUGUACCAGCGGUUACAGUUGUGAAAAGUAAUGAUGACAAAAAAAACAGUUUUUGAGUUGACGGCCUUGUUUGCUUUUCCAUGAAGAGACAUUGAUUUUAAGUCUAUCUGAUAACCGAUAAAAAAUGAGCUUGAAUAUUUUUAUAAAACCAUGGAGUAUCUGUUGUCUUAACAUUACCAAAGUUUGUCAUUGUUUUGCUCAGUGACUAACAUUUUUCUCUUUCAUUACAGGAAGCAGAUUUCCCCAACCCCAAAUUUGAUCCCCUCAUUAGAGCUCUGAAAUAUGUCCCCCGAUCCAGUAAGUCUUAUUUUUACAGUUCUUCAAAGAUAACACAGAGAUGUAAAACACUUUCCUCAAACCUUGACUGUAAAUUGAUUUUAAAAAUGAGAGGUUUAGCAGGUUUCCUGCUAACUUGGUGUCUUGUGCAUCUUUGAUUAAAAUCAGGCAACUCCACCACACUGAGAGCCGUGUCUUUAGAAAUGUUCACCCCUCCUCAGACUCUUAUGGCAAAGUACUAUCGAUACCAUGGCUCUCUCACGACACCCAGCUGUGCUGAAGCUGUCAUUUGGAGCGUGUUUGAGAAUCCCAUCCCCCUCAGUAGGAAGCAGGUGAGUAAUUAUCACAUUUGUAUUGAUUUACUGAUCUGUAGUUUUCUUUUGGAGGGUGCCAUCUGCUUCAGAAAUGUAAAAUGUCCCUACUACAGUAUCCACAUUGAGUUUUUAUGGAGUUUGCCUCAUUAUAAGCUGCAUAGAGUGUUUUUUUUUUAACCUGUCUUUUGUUAUUUCUUCCGUGUUAUAGUUGGCUGCGUUCUCCCAGCUGCAGUUUUCCAAUGGGAAGCAGAUGGUCCGAACGUACAGACCGGUUCAGCCCCUGAAUGGACGGCAGGUGUAUUACUCCAGAGGUCACGUUGGAGCAGUUAGCACUUUGUUGCUCAUCUUAUCUGUGAUUGUACCAAGUGCACUGUCUCUGUACAUCACAGGAUGA